AUGGCAGUGGUUAUGCGCAGGAUCUGGCUAAGGAGGAAUAGGUUUAUUUUCGAGGACAAGUUUUACAGUCCUAAACAAGUCAUCUCUAUGGGGGAGGGUCUGGAGGAUUACAAAACAGCACAAAUGAGCAUAAUUGGAUGUCGAGGUGGUGGUGGUUCACAUGGAGUGCAGAAGAAAUGGAAAAAACCUGGUACCAACAUGGUAAAGGCUAAUUGGGAUGCGGCUAUGGAUUUUGAAAACAAGAGAAUGGGAAUGGGAAUUGUGUUUGGAGAUGAAGAGGGGAAGGUUCUAGCGUCUGUGUGUGAUGUGAAACAGAAUGUGCAUGACCCUACUUUGGCUGAGAGUCUAGCAUUGUGGAGAGCACUUGAGAUAAGUAUUGACCUUUCUUUCUCUUUCUCUGAACUAAUAUUUGAAGGAGAUGCAGCUGCUAUUAUUUAA